AUGAAAUUGGACAAGCCCACUGCUACAAAGAAAAUUGACCAACCAAAAACUGUGGAAGAUUUAGCACAUGGAGACAAAGAAGUUGCACAAGGAAUGUCGAAGAAAAGAACUCAAGAGAGUCUACUAGAGAAUAAUAGAGAGAAAAUUCAAAAGGUGGAUAAAGCAGUUGGGAAGAAUGUCCCCAUUUCUUCAAAAAAUAAAAAAUUGGAGAAACCUAAUCUUUCUUUGGACACAGUGAUGUCAAAAACUCAAUGCUCUAAAAAGUCAAAGAGGGUACCAACAUGCCCAUCAAUGUUGAUUGGUGAUUAUAUAGAACUUCAAAAUUCAAAGGGAAUUGAUGCAACUAAGUCCAACAAUGGAGAAAAAUCGAGCAACAACUGUCAACCAUUAUCUAGUGUUAAUAGAAGGGGAGAUUUAAGACAACCAGAAGGUAUGGAAGGUGUUGUACAAGUUGAGGAAAAUAUCAAUGAAGAGACAAAUACAAAUAGAGAAGAAGAUAAAGGAACAUUAAAGAGAAGAACUCGUGGAAAAACUUUGUGCAAAAAGAUUCAUGGAAGAAAUUUGGAAGAGAACUCAACAUUUUGUCCUCUGAUUUACACAAAUUGGUCAGGAAUGCCAAGAAAGAAUAAAAGACGCUUUUGGAGAUAUACUCAGCGAAAGUUUAUCUUACCGAUUGAAGCACGAAAUUGGGUUGUAACUACUGUUAGAGAUGCAUGGAGAAGAUAUAAGCAUAAAAUCAAGAAGAAUCAUUUUUUGAAGUAUUCCAACAUGACUGAGAGACUCAAACAUCGUCCUCCAAAGGUGCCAGAAGCUCAUUUUAGGAACCUUUGUGAAUAUUGGAAUAAGGAACCUGUACAAGUAAUCAGUGAAAAGAACACUAACAAUAGAGCUCAACUAAAGUGGGUGCAUCGAAUGGGUCCAAAAAACUUUUCUUUGAUUCGUGAAAAAUUGCGUGCAAAAGAAGAAAGAGAGCCCACUCAAUCAGAAAUUUUUGUUGAAACUCGGAAAGGAAAUAAAGGAAAAGAGAUGGAUGCAGAAACUGAAAAAAUAAUUUCUCAACUUCAAAAAACAGUUGAAAAUGAGGAAAGUGAUACAGAGGCAUUUGAAGCUGUUUUUGGAAAGGAGCGUCCUGGCAGGGUACGUUGUUAUGGGAGAAACAUAACUAAAAUUUCUUUAAAGCAAAAGUCAGAGAUCAAUGCUUUGAAAAAAGUACACAAUGAAGAAGUCUCUACAUUGAGGCACGAUUUUGAAGAUAAGAUUGAUAGAUUGCAAAAUGCUUUUAAGACAUUAAUGCAACAUUGCAAUCCUCAAAUUAAUAUGGAAUCAAUAGAAGAUUUGUUAGGAUUAUCCCAUAGAGAUGCUAAUAGUGACCCAAAGGAGAGCGGCCCACAAAUGCAUUCCUCUACUUCAGCUCAUGCUCCAAGUCUUAUAAAGCAAGUCAUCAAUGAAGACGCUGUCGAGGAUGACGAUAUAAGUAACCAAUUUCAAGAGGAUGAUUCAAGUGAUGAGGAUGAAGUAGGUGAGGAACUUCAAGAGGAUGACAUAGGUGAUGAAUUUCAAGAGGACGACAUAGGUGAUGAAUUUCAAGAGGACGACAUAGAUGAAGAGGAUGGUGGAGAUGACUUUUAG